AACUUAGGCCCCUCCUACUUCAGGUACAGGCGACUCUCUCUAUUAUCUCCGGUUUCUCUUCACUGAGUGUUACCCACCUAACAGGCCAAUUGACCAUGGAAACCGCUUUUGAACAUCUCUAUCAAAACAGCACAAAGCAGUAUCCACCAUUAAGGAACAACGCCCCCAUAGCUUUACUAUGCCGAAAGACCGCCCUGUACCGCUGCAGCUCGGCAACACUGCUCCCAGGGCCAAGGUUGACACGUCGUACACAUGGCUGGCCUUGUACUUCUUUCUCAAUCUCACUCUCACCAUCUACAACAAGGCGAUUCUCAGCACCUUCCGCUUCAAAUACCCAUGGACGCUCACCGGCAUCCACACGCUGUGCUCGGGUAUUGGAGCGCUCUCCAUGGCCAAGAUGGGCUAUUUCACCCCAGCACAGCUCGGCGAGCGAGAGAACAUGGUCAUGCUCAUGUUCUCGUUCCUGUAUACGCUCAACAUCGCCAUCAGCAAUGUCUCUCUGAAUGAGGUGUCGGUUGCUUUCCACCAAGUCGUGCGGGCCAUGACACCCGUGUUCACAAUCGCAAUCUCGGUCGCGUUUUUGUCCAAGAGAUACAGUGGGAAGACUUAUCUCUCAUUGCUGCCGCUGCUCCUGGGCGUGUACAUGGCGACGGUGGGCGAGUAUUCGUACACGGCCAUGGGCUUUUUUCUCACGGUGCUAGGCACAGCCCUGGCGGCGAUCAAGACCGUGGUCACGAACCGGAUCCAAGUCGGACGACUUCAGCUUCACCCACUUGAUCUGUUGCUGAGGAUGAGUCCGUUGGCGUUUGUCCAGACGGUGAUCUUUUCCUGGAUGAAUGGAGAGCUCGACGAGGUGGUUUCGUUCUGCAAGGGUGAUAAUAUGAGCUACAAACUGAUCAUGGCCCUGCUCGUGAACGGAAUCGUGGCUUUCUUCCUCAACUAUGUCUCAUUCACGGCCAACAAGAAAACUAGCGCUCUCACCAUGACCGUCGCAGGUAUGAUUUCAAUCCCGAUUUCUUAGCUUCUUUUUGUGGAACUCAAAAAGGCGGGAGUGGGAACGGAUGAGCGGGCAAAACGGGGAGAACUGUCAUCAUUGGGAGACCUCAUACGGCUAUUUACUGAAAGUGGUUACUGAUUAUUACUUGUUGUGGUUUUCUAUGUGGGUCUAUAGCUAAUGUCAAGCAGGUGCUGUCGAUUGUUGUGGCGGUGACGGUGUUCAACACGACGAUCGGCUUCCUCAACGGCAUGGGAAUCAUCACGACUCUUAUUGGAGGAGCUUGUUACAGGUAUGGAUUCCAUCGUGGAUAACAGAACGCCGUUUGCACAUUGGAAUGAUGGAGAUCUGACCCCCUUGUAUAUUUGCGCCUUUC